AUGGGUGCAUCUAUGCAAGAUAGCCUGCUGACUUUCGAGCCCUGUGCGACGAGUUCUGGUCUGGCGGGGGCAAUUCAACCAGGCGCAAACCAGUGGACCAUCCACUCUGCGGUGGCUUCGAUCACCAGCCCCUCACAAAGCGACGCAUAG